UCCUCAAACGUUACCAGCAGUUGAAGCCAAUCGGCUCCGGAGCCCAAGGAAUUGUUUGGCGCCGUCACUGCAGUGCCUUGUCCUUCAUUGGCAAGACGAGGCCAAGCAGUGUCAUUAUCACCCCAUGGAUUAACCAGAAAGGGCUGCUGUGUGAGGGGUUGGGCUGGCCGUCUCUUCCUUGGUGUCUCACUUCAGCCAUGUGUCCAGCCCGUCAGAACCAUUGGUCUGACCCUGAGCCUUAGUGUCUUGCAUGGUAAGACAGUCAGCUGCCGCGCCAUCACCGGCCAGCUCAAGUGCUGCUUUUGAUACAGUUCUUGGGAUAAAUGUUGCAGUCAAGAAACUAAGCCGUCCUUUUCAGAAUCAAACUCAUGCAAAGAGAGCUUACCGUGAACUCGUCCUCUUAAAAUGUGUCAAUCAUAAAAAUUAUAAACAAGAAGGCAAAAGUCAUCGAAUCCCUCAGAUCAUUAUCAUUAACAUUUUGAUAAUUAGUUUGUUAAAUGUGUUUACACCACAAAAGACUCUAGAAGAAUUUCAAGAUGUGUAUUUGGUUAUGGAAUUAAUGGAUGCUAACUUAUGUCAGGUUAUUCACAUGGAGCUGGACCAUGAAAGGAUGUCCUACCUUCUUUACCAGAUGCUCUGUGGUAUUAAACAUCUGCAUUCAGCUGGUAUCAUUCAUAGAGACUUGAAGCCUAGCAACAUCGUAGUAAAAUCAGACUGCACGCUCAAGAUCCUUGACUUUGGCCUGGCCCGGACGGCGUGUACCAACUUCAUGAUGACUCCAUACGUGGUGACGCGUUAUUACCGGGCGCCUGAAGUCAUCCUGGGCAUGGGCUACAAAGAGAACGUUGAUAUCUGGUCAGUGGGUUGCAUCAUGGGAGAGCUGGUGAAAGGUUGUGUGAUUUUCCAAGGCACUGAUCAUAUUGAUCAGUGGAAUAAAGUCAUUGAGCAGCUAGGAACACCGUCUGCGGAUUUUAUGAAGAAACUGCAGCCAACCGUGAGGAAUUACGUAGAAAACAGACCGAAGUACCCCGGCAUCAAAUUCGAAGAGCUCUUUCCAGAUUGGAUAUUCCCAUCCGAAUCCGAACGAGACAAAAUUAAAACAAGUCAAGCCAGAGAUUUGUUAUCAAAAAUGUUGGUGAUUGAUCCCGACAAGCGAAUCUCCGUGGACGAAGCUUUACGUCACCCUUAUAUUACUGUUUGGUAUGACCCUGCUGAAGCCGAAGCACCACCACCUCAGAUUUACGAUGCCCAGCUGGAAGAACGAGAGCAUGCGAUUGAAGAGUGGAAAGAGCUGAUUUACAAGGAAGUGCUGGACUGGGAAGAGAGGAGCAAGAACGGCGUGGUCAAAGAUCAGCCUUCAGAUGCAGCAGUAAGCAGCAACGCCACUCCGUCCCGGUCGUCGUCCAUCAACGACAUCUCGUCCAUGUCCACUGAGCAGACGCUGGCCUCAGACACAGACAGCAGCCUCGACGCCUCCACGGGACCCCUCGAAGGUUGCCGGUGAUAAGGCACGACCCGCAAGCUCGUCCUCAGUGAAGGAAUUCUCGCUUCCAUGGGCCUGAAAUGCUUGGGGGUUGAUGGAACCAAAUAGAAAAACUCCAUGUUCUGCAUGUAAGGAACACGAUGCCUUGCCCCUGCUCAGUUCCAGUAGGAUUGCCUGCCUAGAUUUCACAGUGAAGCAGACUGUGUCUGAAGAACACAAGUGCGAGCCACACUUGUAGAGAAGUUGUGCAAGGUCAUUUCAGGUGAGCAAUUAGAGUAGAUGAUUUUGUUUUACUUUUUUUUAAAGUUGUACGGUAAUAGUGACAGUUUCUCAUCCUUUGUAACCGUUGGGACUUAUAUGCAUGUGACCACGUGUGCUUGCUCAGGCUUGCCCUCUAGCACUUUGGAAAUCAGUAUUUAAAUGCCAAAUAAUCUUCCAGGUAGUGCUGCUUCUAGAAUUCUCUCUUAAUCCUUUUGAGUAAUUUGGUGUCUGUCCAGGAAAAAAAUAGGUUUAUGUGUAUUAAUUGGCCACCAUCAUAUUAUCAUAUCUUACCUUCUUUUACGGUAUGAUUUAUUCUAUCUUUUGUAUUUCAGAAGGAAUAUAAGUAAAUCUAUUUAAUAAAUAAAAAAGAUACAACUUUUCUUAAAUCUGUCAUGUUUUGGGCUGAGAAUUAUCACUGCUAAAACCAAGACACCUUUGUGGACACUGUUUGCUCUAAAUUGUCUUAGUCUGGGAUGACUGUACCUUUAGCUUUAUUGCAAGAUAAAAUUUUCUGUUUUGUGCUGCUUAAGACAUAUAUGCCUUUAAAAUCCUAAUCUACCCUCGCUCCUUUCUCCUGGUCUUCUGGACUCGUUAAUUUAAACUGCCACCUAAAACUUCGCCUUCUUUGUUAGAUGCCUAACACUCCAUGUCAAUAACAUGACGACAGAUUCUCAAAUCCAUUAGUGGCGAGAGUAGAAUUUGACAAAACGGUCACUGAAGAUGACUGCAGCAGUGACUUCCUGAACACUUGCUCCCUCCGAGACUGGUCAGGGUCCUUCCCCAAGAGAGGCACCAUCUCCCAGGAGAGAGUUUUCGGUUUCCAACCUAACGCUCUUACACAAU